AUGGCCGCGCGUGGCACCUUCCUACGGCCAAAGCUCGUGCCCGUGUGCAGCUGUUAUGUGAAUCUUCCGCUUCCAUUCGUGCAGACCUUCUUAGGUGGCUCCGAACGUGUGAGGAACGGGUCGACGAUUCUAGCGCUUUCGUGGGAAACGAUUGAUGGAUAUGUCCAGCGCGUGUGCGUUGGAUGGGUUGGUGGGACUGUGAAGUCUAGUGCGUCGCACAGCGACGUGAUUGAAGUGCCGAUUGAAUUCGCACGUUGUGUGGGGAUUCAGGAUCAUUUGGAAAACACACCACAGCCGUUUGUUAGAGUACAUGUGGUCGAAGCACUGCCCGUUGCUCGGCAGAUGAACGUCGAGCCUUGUACGCCAGACGACUGGGAGUUGAUUCAACUGCAUGCAGGGGAAAUUGAGACCGAGUUGCUUCGACAGAUGUGCGUGGUGAACGACAAGCAAGUGGUCCCGAUUUGGGUCAACAAGAACGCGGUGAUUCGAAUCAGGGCAUCUCUGCCGAACGGAAUAGAAUAUGCUCGGUUAACUCCCGCCUCGGAGAUUAUUGUGGCACCAAAAGAGCGUCAAACGACAAUGAGCGGCUUGAGUCCCGAUUUGUACUAUGAGCAAUCACCGCCACUGAUCAUUCAGGAUGAUUCAGGUGCACUGCAAAACGAUACUGUGGACGAAGUAUGGGUUCAUCCAGAAAGCCUAGCAAUGCUCGACGGCGCGAUUCUCCCAGACACACCUGUCGACGCGCAAGUAGCUCCUAUCGUGGCACUAUGGAGCUUGGUAUCAGAAUCAACGACUCAACACAAUGCGCAGACCGAAUCUGUGAGAGAGCAAAAUGUCUAUUGUGUUGCGAAACUGAAGGCUUCUCGAUACGUUGUACGGAGUCAUGUCCUUCCUAGUCGAUCGAUGUUGGCUACUUUGGGCACCGCAGCGCAUGAAACCGUUUGUGUUCGCGUUGUAAGGCUACCGGCGCUGCCUCCUUCAUCAGUGACGCUAUUGACGAACCUAGAAACCCAAGAUGACGGUCACGCUGCAUUGGCGUGUCAAGUUCAACAGUCAUUUUUACGUUGGAGCAGCUCGACUGAACAAAGCCACGUUGUUAGCUCAGGAUCGGUCGUUCGUCUUGAACUGGACAACGGAGACAUCAUUCGAGCAAUUGCGGACGUCCAGUACGAUGCUGAAGAAGCAUUUAGUGCAGAGCAGCAAGAAGGUGCUCCUGUGGGCGCGCUUGAACAGUACUCUCUUCUUGGUACAAGCAAAGGUGGGCACGUCCUAUCUCCGGGACAAGUAACGGUGCAACGUGCAACUGGGAUCCACAAGCAAGUGCUAGCGGAACUGCACAGGAAAGCUUCGUCGACUCGCACGUACAACUCAUCAAUCUUGGAGCUAUCGCGCAAAGCAAAAUCCUAUGCUGCGUUGAUCAAAGCGGUGCGCCCAGUCUUGUCUCAAGAUGCGUCAGUAGCGCGAGUUGUGCUGGGAACGAAACCGCCCGGGUCUGCCUUGCUCUACGGUGAUCGAGGUAGUGGAAAGACGACCCUUUUGCGUGCUUUAGUGCACGAGGUCCGAACUCGUACUGACUAUGCUGCGUUUGCGACAACUGUCGACUGCCGGGACUUGCGGGGACUGAAAAUGGAGACUGUGAAAUCACGGCUGAGCGAUUUGUUUGAAGUUGCAGCCGCUCACGCUCCUGCUCUUAUCGUCCUGGACAACCUGGACGCGCUCGUGCCUGCAGAAGAUGAGUCUGCAGGUGCGGCCAACGAGCAAUCGCGGCGUAUUGCCGAGUCGCUGCUGAUUCUGAUGCGGCAGAAUAGCCAGCGCAUGCACGAAGCUGCAGUCGAAUUGUGUGCGUCGUUCAAGCGAGAGUGCAAGGUCGUUGAGGGCUGUCCUGAGAUGCAGAAUCGUCCUGCUCGAACAAAGCUGCUUGACGUGGUUGGCAACGCCAUACAGAGCAAAAGUGUGGCAAUUGUUGCAGCUGCUCGGUCUGACAUGAGCAUCCACAAAGCUUUGCGAGGCUGUGGGCUUUUUGACCGCUCCAUUCGAGUGGCUUCGCCAGAUACCGAGCAGCGCGAAACUGUGAUUCGAGAGAUGAUGGAAAUGAAAGUGAGGGAUUUGAACUUCACUGCAAACGGACCGAAGACAUCACGGCAACUUGCGGUCGACCCUAUCAUUGACUUCGGUCAUCUUUCAUCGUUGACGGAAGGCUAUAGUCUUCGUGAUAUGUCAAGCGCCACUGAUCGUGCGUUGCAUCGGACGCUCAAUCGCCUCGCUCUCACGCAACCAGCAAACGAAGAUGGGGUCAGUUUGUUCGUAGAGCAGCGCGAUUUUGAGGAGGGGAUUGAGGAUUUUCAGCCGACAGGGCUGAUCGGCGUGGACCUUUUCAAGAGCUCUAUCAAAUGGUCAGAUGUCGGAGGACUUCAACACGUACGAACGGUCCUUAAAGACACCCUGGAACUUCCCACUCGCUAUGCAAAGUUGUAUGAGAACACACCGCUUAAGCUUCCAGCUGGUGUGCUGUUGUAUGGCCCUCCUGGAUGCGGGAAAACGCUUUUGGCUAGCGCAGUGGCACACGAAUGUGGUUUGAACUUCAUCAGUGUAAAGGGGCCCGAAGUCCUGAACAAAUACAUUGGUGCCAGCGAGCAGGCCAUCCGGGACUUGUUUGCACGUGCUGGCUCAGCAGCUCCGUCCGUGCUAUUUCUUGACGAGUUUGAUUCGAUCGCUCCUCGCCGUGGUGCUGACAACACGGGUGUGACCGACCGGUUGGUGAACCAGUUGCUCACAUUUUUGGAUGGAGUGGAAGACCGAAAGGGUGUUUAUGUGCUAGCAGCUACGAGUCGGCCAGAUAUGAUCGACCCUGCACUCCUUCGACCAGGACGGCUCGAUAAGUCCCUCUACUGCGGCUUUCCAGACCAAGAAGAGCGCUUGGACAUUCUCCGUGCGGUUUCCAGCAACAUGGAUCUCUCCGACGAGGCAGUCGACUACCUUUCUGAGGUUGCGAGUGGCUCAAAGUGCGCUUACUUUUCGGGUGCUGAUUUGCAAGCUAUCAUGUACUCGGCGCAGCUCCAACUCGUGCACGAAAAGCUCAAUGGCGAUACGUCCAAUCUCAUCACCAAGACGCACCUUCAAACAGCACUUGACAGUGCGCACCCAUCGACGUCCGAAGCUGCUCGACUGCACUUUGAGCGACUGUACGCCAGUUUCUCGAGAGCUCGCAAGACGGACUUUGCCGUCGCACAAGCCGAUGUCUCAGCUACGACCGAGUCACUCCAGUCGCACGUCGUCCACCAACGCACCGCUCUCGCUUAG